AGUGGGAAUGUCAAGCGUGGGAAGACUGAGGCGGAGAUCAAUCGCCUGUCGAAGUUUCUCUUCUGUUCAUUACUAUUUUUAUCAGUGAUGAUGGUAAUGAAAGACUUCUGCCAACACCCAACUAACCCCUUUGUCUUAGUUUCACUCACGCGCUUUAUGAUCUUAUUCUCUUCAAUUAUUCCCAUCUCAAUGAGAGUCAAUUUGGAUAUCGCAAAGUUGGUCUACGCCUUCUUUAUUAAUAAAGAUAAGGAAAUCAAAGGCGCUGAAGUCAGAAAUUCUACACUCCCUGAAGAACUCGGAAGAGUCGAUUUCGUCUUAAGCGACAAGACGGGGACUUUAACUAAGAAUGAAAUGACCUUCCAAGUCCUCUGCAUGCAGUCUAAAAUCCUCAGAGAAGCAAAUUUCGAGGAUAUUAAAGACGACGUUAAAGAGUUGUGCGAGAACUGCAUGGAGGAAUGCAGUGAACUCAACGAGGCAAAAAAAGGAACUGAAAAGAACUUGAACAUCGAGGAAAAAAUUUUUGUCCAAAAGAAAAAUAAUCCAAAGCACUUGUUACGGUGCAUAGAAGCGAUGGCGCUGUGUCAUAAUGUGACGCCGUCAUUCAAUGAGAGUGGGGAGAAGUACUAUCAAGCGUCCUCUCCUGAUGAAGUAGCUUUAGUGAAGUUUGCGGAGCAUGUUGGAGUAGUAUUGGAGCAUCGAACGUUUAAACAGAUAGUCUUGCGGACACCUACGGGCAAAUUGGAGUACGAAAUAUUGAACGUCUUUCCCUUUUCAUCCACGACGAAGAGAAUGGGAAUCAUUUUGAGAGCGAAAAAUGGGGAAGUGCUGUUUCUUAUGAAAGGGGCGGAUAACGUGAUGAGUAAAAUCAUUUCUAAUAACGAAUGGCUUGAAGAGGAAUGUAACAAUUUGGCGCGUGAAGGGCUCAGAACACUUAAAUAUGACGCAGCAAGUGCUUUAAUGAGUAACAGAGAUCUCGAAGUAUUCAAAAUUCAAGAGUCAAUAGAAUCAGGUUUGAAGGCCUUGUGUAUCACUGGCGUAGAAGAUGAGUUACAAGAUAACGUCCAACGAACACUUGAAAUGUUGAAGCAAGCAAAUGUCAGAGUCUGGAUGUUAACGGGUGAUAAAGUCGAAACCGUUU